AUGUCGCCCCCGUCGGCCAUCUGUGAAGGCAAACCCACUGCAACCGUCCAUGAGCCUGGUCUCAGCGAGGCCAAAGUGAGGCCGCUCGUCUUGCCAAAGCCGCCCACGUUUGACGACCCGCUCGCCGAGAGGCAGUAUUUGAAGCAAAGGCUUGCUGCUGCCUUCCGCAUCUUCGGAAAAUAUGGCUUUGACGAGGGCGUGGCCGGACAUAUCACUGACCCGGUGGAUCCCCAGACCUUCUGGGUGAAUCCCUUUGGCUUUGCAUUCUCGCUCAUCAAGGCCUCGGACCUGAUACGGGUCAAUGAGGCAGGUGAUAUCGUCGAUGGCGGGCCCGUCAGGCUCCUCAACACUGCUGCCUUCAUGAUCCACAGUGCUAUCCACCAGGCCAGGCCAGAUGUCAAUGCCGCUGCUCACAGCCACAGCACCUAUGGUCGGAGUUUCUGCAAUUUAGGAAGGCCUCUGGAUAUCAUCACUCAGGAUGCUUGCGUUUUUUACAACGAUCACGUCGUCUAUGAAUCCUUCAACGGCAUUGUACUUGCGGAAAAGGAAGGAAGAAAUAUAGCAUCGUGUCUGGGUGAUAAGAAAGCUGUAUUGCUCCAGAACCACGGCCUCCUUACCGUAGGCCAAACGAUCGAGGAAACUGUGUUCUGGUUCAUAUCUUUGGAAAAAUGCUGUCAUGCGCAGCUCAUGGCCGAUGCUGCUGCCGGUGGUCGUGGGGACAAGACAGUCAAGAUUGACGAUGAGGACGCGGCCUUUACGUGCAAGAGUAUUGGGACGCCGAGAGCGGGGUGGUUCAGUGCGAAGCCGCUAUUUGACUUAAUCCACAAGGAGACUGAUGGCGACUACCUGAACUGA